AUGAGAGAACCCUCUUCCGAUCUUUUUAUGGUGAACCUGAAUCCAUCCCCUGAUCAGACAAUGACCAUUAAUGCUCAUAACAAUCACUUCUACAACUUGAGCUUCGUGCCCCAACAACAACCACGGGGAAUGAACAAAGAUGAACUACUAAAUCAUAUCGAACAAGCGAACUCUUCCACGAUCUCCACGAUUUCAAACGGAGGAGUAACGCAAAGCUUCAGGGCUUUGGCUCCGACCUACUUAAAAGUUGCUCAAGAAUUGCUCAAUGAGAUUGUCCAUGUUGGGAACGGUAGCCGUGGCGCCAAACAAGAGCAACAAAUGAAUAAAGAGUCGGCGACUUAUGGAUUAUACAAUGGAUUUGGGAACAUAAAUGGUGGCCCUAAGCCCGGCGUUUGUCGGCAGGAGUUACAGUUGAAGAGAGCAAAGCUCAUCUCCAUGGUGGAAAAGGUUGAACAAAUAUACAAGCAAUACCACGACCAAAUGCAGACAGUAAUCUCAUCGUUUGAGCAAGAAGCGGGUUUAGGCUCAGCAAACUCGUACACACAUAUGGCGUUGCAAACAAUAUCAAAGAAGUUUCGUGCUGUGAAAGACAUGAUAUGUUUGCAAAUCAAACACAUAAACAAUUUGUUAGGAGAAAAAGAAUAUGAAGGUGUAAGUUUAGCCAAGCAGUUGGGGAAGAUGCCACAUAACCAUUCAAAUGCUUGGAGACCACAACGAGGUUUGCCCGAAGCAGCUGUUUCCGUUCUCCGGAGUUGGCUUUUCAACCAUUUUCUCCACCCAUAUCCAAGGGAUUUAGAUAAAGAAAUGCUUGCCAAACAGACUGGCCUUACUAAAAGCCAGGUAUCAAACUGGUUCAUAAAUGCUCGAGUUCGAGUGUGGAAACCAAUGGUGGAGGAGAUGUAUUGGGAAGAAAUGAAUAUUGAAGAAAGCAGAAAAGAAGGAAACCUCAGUGAACAUGGUAACAAAGGUUCAUUCUCUAAGCAACUUUGCAACAAUACAACUUCAGAUGAAUCUUCGAAUUUGAUCUUACCCACGUUUCAUCAAGGAUUCAAUGAAAAUGAAACCUCCAUGCAAAACGCAUUCUCAAGUUGUAGCGUGAUGACGUUCGGGAAGCAACACGUGAACCAAGCUAAGUUGAUCCAAUUCAAUGGAGAAUUCGAAAACUAUCACGCAAUGGUUGGAAACAGUGUCUCCCUUUCUCUUGGCAUGCCUCAUUCUUGCGACCAAUCCUUCAACAACAUUCAGUUUGGGUCGACAAGUAAUGAAACUAAGAUAUCGGGGAUAUAUCCAUCUUUAACAUAUCAAAUUAUGGAUUAGAGAUAUGAAUAGAUAUACAUUAUAAAAAUAUAAUCUGCAUGUUGUUGUGGCUUCUUGUGUGUAUAGCCUUAGUUCAUGGGUGGUUUCGUAAAGUUGAAUGUGUGUAGCAUAGAAAUGACUAAAGUAUAGAGUUUGAUAAAACCUGUAGAUAACAAUGCUUAGCUUAAGACUAUAGAUACACAAUGUUCUUGAUAUAUUCAAGAUGGCAUAGAAGC